AUGUUAGCUUUUCAGGUUACGAAAACAACAAAAAACAUUUUCAAUUUCACGGACAUUAAAAUAUUGGAUUUUCAAGAAAAUUAUAAUUACAUCAGAUGCAUAGAUUUUUAUAUAAAGGCUAUUUCUGCAGCGUUAAAGCUGAUCUUACCAAGAAAUGGCCAUUUUGAAAAUGUCUGGACUGCUUCCAAAGAAAAUGCUGACAAAUUAAUAGCUAGUGACUUUGCUGCUGGUUGGAGUUUUCUAAAUAGAAAUAAGGACAUAUCUGAAAUUGAAUGGGGAUAUUGGCAAAAUUGGUUCUUUGAAGUUUUGCCAUUUCUCUGUGGUCAUCUCAUCAUUGGUAAACUUAUAGAAUGGAAAUUCUAUCAAAUUCGAAAAUAUUUCUACACCUGUUUUUCUCUCAUCACCUUGAUUUCUGUGCUUGGCUUCAGGCCUUCUCUGUUUCUGAUAUUCAAAUGUGCUGUUUGCUAUGCUGUGUCCCUGUUGGGGUCCUCUGCUCUGGUGUGGGUCAUAUCUUUCACCUUCCUUACUUGCCUCAACCUUGAUUUCACUGUGGCUUUGAUGAAAUUAUUUAUGUUUCCCGGAAGGCCUGAUGUCGAGAUUCGAUACUAUUUCCUUAUGAUGAUUCUGUCCCUAGCCAAUCUUCGUUACACAGGCUUUUGCUUGGAGCGAUGCAACUGGAUGAAAGAGAGUCAAGAGAAAACAAGUGUCAAAAAUAGCAAUGAAGAACACCCAAUGAAAUUUGGAUUCAUUGACCUACUUUGUUAUACUACUUAUCUCCCUUUGUGUUUCUCUGGGCCCCUGAUCAAUUAUAAUGAAUUUAAGGAACAAAUAAAUAGCCCCAAAGAAGGAUGGUCAGUGUCCCGACUCUGGCGCCACAGUCUAAGUUUCCUGAGAAUUGGAUUUUGGGCAUUGUUCUUUGACUUUGUGCUUCAUUAUUUCUAUUUCACUUCUUUGGCCUAUCACUUGACCGUCAUUCAGUCACUCUCACAAUGGACUUUGGUGGGCAUUGGCUACUGUCAAGGACAGUUCUUCAUGGUCAAAUAUAUCAUCAUGUGGGGUGUAUCCUCUUGCAUUGCUCAACUAGACCAGUUCAAACCUCCAAAAGGACCAAAGUGUAUAUCACACAUUUAUUUAUAUUCUGAAAUGUGGAGGUAUUUUGACAGAGGUCUAUACAGUUUUAUGAAAAGAUACAUCUAUGUUCCUGCUGGAGGGUCCCGAAAUGGCAAUUUUCAGCAACUCUUUGCUUCUGCAGUCAGCUUUAUUUAUAUAUUCUUUUGGCAUGGAAUGACUGAACACCUGUUCAUCUGGACAGCACUGAACUUUUUGGUCGUAAGCAUGGAAUCCUUAGCUGGUAAAACACUCUUCCAUCCUUUCAUGGCCAAUAUUUGGACAAAGAAAAUGUCUGCCCAAAAUGUUCGUCGACUCCACUCACUUUUGGCACUUCCAACUUUGUUAGCUUCAUGUAUUGCCAUUUUUUAUUUCAUGAAUGGCAAAGAAGUUGGUAACAUCUUCCUGAACCGUCUAAUCCUGGAAGCUUGGAAUGGAAUAUCGACCUGCAACUACCAGGCUUUAAAGACCACAGUAGCUGAUAUAGCAAGUAGGUUGAACUAA